CUGAGGGUGCACUUGGAACUACGUUUAUGUGACGUAUUUGAUUAAAUGAUUAAUAAAAAAAAUCAACCAGGAAAUCGGAAUCGGUAAUUAAUAUUCGGUGAGAGAGAAGAAGAUAAAAAAUCUAAUGUUUGAGGGUCGUUAAUAAACGGACCGGGAGGAAAAGUAGCCUACUCUGUAACGUCUAGACAACUCAGAUAAGAAGUAGGCCUAAUCUCCCUGCCAAUAGAAAGGAAACCUUCGUUCGCAUAUCGUUUUGUAACCAAGACUGUGCCUGGACUUUUUUUAAGCAAGAGACUGAACAAACGAGAAGUUGUUGUGUCAGAAGGAAUGGCAGCCAGUCUCUCUUUUUCGGAAGAGGACCUAUCCUGUCCCGUGUGCUGUGAAAUAUUCCGGGAUCCGGUGGUCCUGCAGUGCAGCCACAGCUUCUGUAAAACCUGCCUGCAGCAGUAUUGGACCAAGAAGCUUUCCGGUCGAGACUGUCCGCUGUGCAGGUGCGAAUCUAGCACAGAUGACCCUGUCGUCAGCCUGACCCUGAAGAACCUGUGCGAUUCGUAUGUCAAAGAGAGCUGCGUUCGGGGGGCAGCGGAGGGGGAAGAGACCGGAGAGUUGUGCAAUCUGCAUGGGGAGAAACUGAAAUUGUUCUGUUUGGAGGACUGCCAACCUAUUUGCGUUGUCUGCCACACCUCAAGGAAACACAAAGAUCACGAGUGUUGUCCGAUAGGCGAGGCAGUGCUGGACUUCAAGGCAAAAUUGAAGGCUGCACUGAAGCCCCUGAAAGGGAAAUGGGAGGCCUUUGACAAAGCUAGACAGGACUAUGAGAAGACUGCAGCUCACAUAAAGACGCAGGCUCGGCAGACGGAGGAGCAGAUAAAGGCCGAGUUUGAGAAGCUUCACCAUUUCCUCCGAGUCGAGGAGGAGGUGAGGGUGACUGCGCUGAAAGAGGAGGAGGAAGCGAAGAGCCUGAUGAUGAAGGCAAAAAUCAACGCCGUAGAGAGAACCAUGGCGUCCCUCUCUGACACUAUCAGAGCCUUAGAGGAGGAGAUUCAGGUGGAGGACAUAACACUCCUGCAUAAAUGCAAGGCCACAAUGAAGAGAGCCCACCCCACAAUUCCGGAACUGAAGCUGGGUUCAGGAGUGCUGAUCAAUGUAGCCUCAUACCUGGGAUCUCUGACGUACAAAGUGUGGAUGAAGAUGCUGGAAAUUGUCAGAUACACCCCUGUGACUCUGGACCCCAACACUGCCGCCCCAUGGCUCAUUCUCUCUGAAGAUCUGACAACCGUUGCUGACAGCGAGGAAAGGCAGCAUCUCCCGGACAACCCCGAGCGGUUCACCCUGGAUACGGCCGUGCUGGGCACCGCGGGGUUCAGCUCGGGGUCUCACUCCUGGGACGUGGAGGUCGGGGACAACGAGGCAUGGGUCCUGGGAGUGGUUAAAGAGUCUGCCCAAAGGAAAGAGAAGGUUCCCUCAAUCCUGAAGAACGGUUACCUGUCCAUGUACUAUUAUCACAAGAUGUACUUUGCCGGGACGUCGCCCCUGACGCGUCUUAACCUUAAAAAGAGGCCCCAGAUAAUUCGAGUGACGCUGGACUGGGACAGAGGCAAAGUGACCUUCUCUGAUCCCUCUAACCACACCCAAAUCUACAUGUUCAAACACACCUUCACUGAGAUGGUGUUCCCAUACUUCUGGGUUGGCUCUAAAGAGUGCCCUCUGAGAAUACUGCCAUUGGAGAUGUCAGUAAUUCUAGAGCAUUCCAGUUAAACAUGGAGAAGUAGUGUCCUUAAUUCACACAUUUGCUCUAAUCUCAGUGUGUCCUGGUGUAACUACCUUUGGUGCAAAAUCAGUGCAUCCUUUAAUGUAGUCCACAAGUGACUCAAGCCACAUAUAUUUCUGCUGGUCCUUUAACUUGUAUGACGGUCUACUGCUGAAUACAACCCACGUGGUUUUGUAUUUUAUUCAUGGAAUUAAAUAAAAAUUUUGUGUGAUCAUUUA